CUGCUCGUCUAAUUGGGUUUUCACACUGCACCACCUGCCUGCAAUCACCUCACAGCAAUCUGUGUGAUCAGUCUGAAUGUUUGAGUCUCUUUCCCUGUCGUCUUCCUGCUGUCAAACUUUCUCUGGAGAGAGACAGAUCAGAGCAUGGUCGACUGUUACCUGGUCUGGUAGUUUUUAUAUAAUAGUCUGUUGCUGCUGCCAUGGAUCUUCUGUUUGGGGUUUCUCGGAUUUGCACUCUGUUUUUAUGGGGUUGCAUUUGUUUUCCUCCACAGAAAGGUUGGAAUAUUGCACUUGGCUACUAUGUCGAUGAGAACCCACAAACCUCAAACCAGCUUCGCUCUGGAGCCUUUCUAAGCACAGACUUGAAGGAUACAGCACAGCUUACAGGGGACCAGAGCUUUGUUUCCCCUCCGAGUGAACCGGUUCAUUUUGAUGUUACCAGCCCUGGUGAAAACAUGGUGCAACACCAACCAGACUCGGGACAGGAGCAGGACGAUUAUUCAGCGGUUCUUUCUGCUCCUGCUGUGCAGAAAUAUGAAAGCACCCAACAUCCUUUCGGUGUUUUAUUGAAGCAGCACACACCCGUGAAAACUGUGGAGGGCAUCAGCUUCCCAACAAUUAAAGAUUUCAGACGGUUCAUAGAGACGAUGAAGAGCUCCUAUUUUAUACCAGGAAGCGACUCAAGAGGACAUUUUCAAACUGCUCGAGAGACGAUGAAAAAUGAGUUGAUUUCUGAUGCUCAAAGGAGUAACGGAGAGUCUUCCAUGUCUAAUUCUGUGCAGGAUGGAUUGGCCCAUGAUGACCACAGUAAAAAUGUAGUCUGGAGUGAACCAGAUGCCAACGACCACAGACCAAUAAGUGAAAGCCUCUCUUUCUUCAAUCCCGUCGACUCCACUGAAAGUGUCAUUUCUCCCAGUGGUUAUGACGACCAAGGCUCUGGCUCCAGCCCUGUUUUCUACUCGCAGCAUGAUUUAGGAGCCACAGAACAGGUUUCAAGUGAUUAUGGAAGUUUGGCCAAUUAUGGCAUUUCUGGGGAAAACCCUGAUAUUUUCUCAAGUGCUGCUGAUGUGCAAAAUGAAGUUCAGUCAACAAGCCACAACCUCCCUGAACCAAAACUUCCUGGCUACUUCUUAGGAGGGUCCCUUUCUUUCAGUAGCCAUGUGACUGCAUCACCUGUCACAAACAUCCCAUCUCGAGAUCUCAGCUUCUAUUCAAGUAAGAAAUUCAUUGUAAAUCCUCUAUCCUCUGAGAAAACUAUGCAACAACCAACAUAUUCAUCUCCCAGUGGAGACUCUUUAACUGGGUAUCAACAGAGUAGAGAUUUCCAAACAGAGGAGCUGCCCAGAAUGACUGAAAGUGAUGUCCUGUCUCCACAGAAGCCUUUUAAUUCCUAUGGUGAAAGCAUAUUUGUUAGAGCACCAAGAAGGCAAUUCUACAUGCCAGAAGUAUCCAAACACAAGGAAAGACCUGACGAAUCAGCUCAGAUAUAUAAACCCACUGUUGGGAAGGAAUCAAACGAUAUAAACUCCGCUCCCAUCAUCCACCUGCCUGAAUCCUCUGGUUCCAACUUUGACCUUUCACCUCAGAGGAGAAGCAGUCACGUGAGUGUCGAAGCAAGUGGCCCACAUGACCCUCAGGAUCAAGUGUUUAGCAAAAAGCUGCCGCUCAGAUCUUACCUGUUCAGUGUGAAACCCUCCAGCUCUCAAGAGUCAAGCAGACAUGAUGGCUAUCUCCCAAACCAGAGAGUCAGUGUUUCCCGUCCGUCCAACAGUGCUCAGGCAAAACAUGAGAAAUCUGGCCUGUCCAGGCAGAAUCUAGUGUCUGCCAUUCAGGAACCAAAACCAAUGAAUGACUAUGCUCCUAUUCCACCUUCUCGUGGCUUAGAUUCCACCCAGAGGGGGAUCUCAUCUCAGAUUGAUGAUGUUCAUGCAAGUUAUCCAACUAACUCUCCCCCGAACUCAAAACUAAAAGUCUUUCCAAGACUAUUUGGCAAUGAAGAAAUGUCCAAGAACUUUAAAGUCAGGACUAUAGGUUCUGAUAGGUUUCCACCUGGUGAUACACAUAAAAAACCCCGGGACCCCCAAGGCGUUUCUCUAAAUGGUGGAUCUGUGGGUGAUACCACAGCUGACCUUCUAUAUACCUUCACACAACCAACCACUGUACAGAAGCGUCCAGCCAAUGUGAACAGAGAGCCCAGCACCACGGCCUCCAGCCACUCUGAAACACUGUCCACAUCCAAAGUGUCAGCUUCUACUCACGGUGGUGUCUUUUGGAGAAAAAGUGGAAACACAAAAAGGCUUCCUCCUCAAAGAGGCUCCCAAGCAUCACCAAAAUCUAUAAACACGUAUGUUAAGAAGUCAAGAAACAGCUAUGUAAGGCGCAAAGUAUUUCUAUCAAACACCCGUUAUUCACCACAUCAGCACGUUGAAGACAAGACCACUAAAGACCAAUGGAAAUCUGACCCAAGACAAGAAAAAGCCCCGCUGUUUGAUGGAGGUGGAGAAAGGUCAGAUCACUAAUUGGCAGUCAUUUGUGAUUCAAGUUGAUGUUUCUGAGAAAUUCCAUGUAAGCAGUAAAAGAAAAGUUGGGAAAGUGAGCCACCAUGUGCUCGUCUAUAGAAGAGUCACAGGAGAAGGAGGUGCACCUACCAGUCUACAUCCUGGACAUACUCCUGUCCGUAGAGGGCCAGAAGAGUGUUCCUCAGAAACUCUAUUGGAUCACUGGGACAUGACAGACAUGCAGCUGUCAGCAGGCCCUGUUGUCAAAGAGGAAUAUGAUAAUAAAGAUAAUGACCCGUUGAUCAAGAAUAAUGAAGAUUCAAGUGGUUGUCAAAGAAA